UUCAAAUAUCAUUCUUUUUUUUUAUUCCUAACAAAGUCUCUCAAUACAGGGAAAGUAAAGUAAUUUGGUCAGUUAAUUUCACACUUGAUUGAAUGAGAGCAUCCAUCUCUCUCUUUCACUAGCCAGCCAGCUAGCUAGCUCUGUUGCUAGCUAUUUGUCUAUCUAUCCAUAUAUCAUUCAUCCAUCAAUUCAGUUUAGUGCAGUAGCCCCAAUUAUCGAGUCACUACACUGCUGGGCCCAAUUUUCAGAAUUACAUAUGACCCCUGAGACAAGACGAGAAUUGCUGUGAGCCAUGUGUUUCAACUUCGGUUGAGUUUGCUCAGCAAAUUGAAAGUGUUUUCAUUUGCAGGAAGUGUGGCAUGAAAAAAAAAAUAACCCACAAGUGAGAUUUUUAGGAAAGAUUCAGUAAAGAAAAGGAAGUUGGCCCUAAGGAAGAGCCAUAAAUGAGUCAAGUGCCUCUCCUAUCUAUCAGUUCUAUUGAAACAGUGCGACAAGUGAAUUAAUGCCUUAAAGGUUAAACAUUAAAUGAUUUCCCAUUUCGAUGCGAUUCCCCCUCAGGUAGAACAUUAAUGCUGUAGUUAUGGACUUGAGUGUAAAAGCUCCUGAGGUGAUGUGCUGCCCGCGUUCCAUAAAUGUAGCUAAGUAUGCAAAUGCAGUUUGUGAUCUGAAUGGAAGAAGCGCAUUGUCGUGAAAGGUGAUGUAAUGCAACACUAUUCGGCUCCGAUCUUCUGGCCCACUUUAGGACACACACACACACACACACACACACACACACACACACACACACACACACACACACACACAGUAAAGUGAUGUGUUCACACGAAGCAGUUACAUAUGUGCCACACUUCAUUUCUGCACCAUUGCAUCUGUGUCGUGUCACAAGUUUGCAAAUGCGCUCGCCGUGGGGACACGAGCACUAAAUUUGCACAAAUUUUUUUCCCGGCCGCUUGGCUGGAAGAGUGAGUUUUGAAAUGAUAAUGAAUCUGCGAGCCCAGAUAUCAAGCACGGUGCAGUGUCGAGAAUGGAAGCGAGAGGGAAGAGAAGAAGGCAAGCAGAAGAAUCCCUUUUUGCCAAAUGGGGAAAUUGAUUUCAAUCUGUGCUAUAUUUUCAUAAAGCACAAGUAACAAUACCAAAGAAAAAGGACCCAUAAUGCAUUUACAGCCACGACAUUACGUAUACCCUCACACGCUAAUGAAAUCAAAUGCAAGACUUCCACCAGCCAUGGAUGGAUGGAUGGAUGUCCUCUUAAUUUAUUUUAAAAAGAUCUAUUUUUACUACAGCACGAUAAAUAUAUUAUUUCUGUGAAAUCUCAUUGCUUUGGGUGACACAGGAUGAGUUGUGUAUAUAGCAAUAGCACAUUUAAUACACACUACAACUACAUUGUUUUUGAUGUCAGAAUGCUUCGAUUCGCAUUGAUUUUGCAGAUUUCAGUACAGUGAAUGUAAACCUUGGCAGAGGUUUCACGCUCUCUGACUUCUUAUCUUUACGGUGGCCGAAUUAUUGACACAAAUCUUGCUCUGAAUCUCAUUACAAAGCAAAGAUGUACCGAGAAGUGGAUAAAUCUGAAGUUGAUGAUCACAUUCCCAUUGCAUUUGAUUGCUGUGCAAAGUCUGGCCAAAUAAAACCAACCCUGUCUUGUCGCUCAAGUGUCAAUUAAAACAAAUUUUAUACACAUGGAUUGUAGGGUGGAGUGUUGAGUCACACUAAACGAGACACUAAAUGAUCUUACACACAUGCCGAAACACGUGAUGGAAGAUGUUGAUUAGUGGUGUCAUAAACAACCUCGCCUUGCUCAACCUUUAUCUCCAAGUCAAAAUACACAACUGGAUCGUCACAUGUUGCUGUACACCUCAAGAGAAAGAGGGUGAGGCAAGUCUACGUGCUGCAGAACUGCAAUAUAUAACAAGGCAGGGGGGGAACACCGAGUUUCCAAAAACUGCUUCAACAUGACCGUGGCAAGUGGUGUAACAGAAGACGCCAAGCUAGAGAGCGUAUCCCUGCAUCCCCUCGGACGUAGAGGAGCAGCGAUGGCCCUGCCCCAGGAGCAGGAGCAGGAACAGGAGCCACUAUGUAUCUUUGGGACAGGAGAUUUGGGACGCUCCCUGGGCCUGCGCUUGCUGCAAACUGGCUGCAGGGUGGUGUACGGCAGCCGCAGACCUCACAGCUGUGGCCCCUUGCCUCAAGGAGCUCAGGUGAUGAGCCAUGAGGCGGCAGCGAAGGCAGCGCGACUCAUCUUCAUUUGCGUUCACAGAGAACAUUACACAUUCAUGGAGACGCUGGCACCUUAUUUGGAAGGAAAGGUGUUAGUGGAUCUCAGUAAUAAUUUGAAGAAAGACAUGUACGCAGAAGCCAACGCCGCCUACUUGCAGAGACUGGUCCCUGGAGCAACUGUGGUGAAAGGCCUUAACACGCUGUCUGCCUGGGCUCUGCAGAAUGGUCUUCUGACAGGAAAACAGGUGUACCUGUGUGGCAACAGUGCAGAGGCAAAGCAGGCUGUAGUGGAGGUUGCCAGCAAGAUGGGCCUAACCGUUUUGGACAGGGGGUCACUUUCAGCUGCCCAAGAGCUGGAAGACUUCCCCCUGAGGCUGUUCCCCGAGUGGAGGCUGCCUCUCCGAGUUGCCGUGGGCCUUGCCGCCUUCUUCUAUUUCUAUCUGCUCAUCAGAGACGUCAUCUACGCUUACGUAGAGCAGGGGAAGGACAUUUCCUACAGAAUCAUGGUGUCCCUGGCCAACAAGGUCUUUCCCAUCGUAUCGCUGGUCAUGUUGUCGCUGUGUUACCUGCCCGGUGUCAUCGCCGCCUUCUUUCAGCUCUAUAGAGGAACCAAGUACAAGCGUUUCCCGAACUGGCUGGACCGCUGGAUGCUGUGUCGGAAGCAAAUGGGACUGGUUGCUUUGGGCUUUGCUUUUCUCCAUGCCAUCUAUACAUUCAUUAUUCCCAUUCGCUACUCCGUCAGACAUAAACUCAUCUCCCGUGUGGUGGACGAGAUGAAGAACAACAAAACCACCCCCUUUGACUUUAAUUAUACAGAAGCAUGGGGAACAGACUCCUUCUACGUUCUGGGCAUCCUGGGCUUCUUUCUUUAUGUCUUACUCGGCCUGACGUCGCUGCCCUCUGUGGGAGGCUCGCUCAGCUGGAGGGAGUUCAGCUUCAUUCAGUCCAAACUUGGCCACCUGACCCUGUUCAUAUGCACGGCACACGGUUACAUUUACGGCUGGAAUAAAUUCCUCCGCGCUUCGACGUACAAGUGGUACACCCCUCCAGGCUACAUGCUGUGUCUGAUUGUGCCGUCCGUGGUGCUGGUUCUCAAAAUGCUGCUCUUGCUGCCAUGCGUGGAUCGAACUCUCACCCGCAUUCGACAGGGCUGGGAGAGGGCCCAGAGCAUGGAGACGGGCGAGAACAAGGCCACAAACCUUUGACCAUCUGACCUCUGGGGUUCACCUGAGGUCAACUCAGCGCGAUCAGUACUGGAGCACACUUGAGUGAAAUUUCUUCAGGAGUAAUGUUGAUUCGUUUUGCUCACGCAUUCUCCUGAUAUUGCAGCGCGUCUACAGGGUAGGCAAAGCACAUGACCCGAUCAUUUGGAGCAUUUGGAGUCCAACCCUUCUAAAAGCGAAAUUCAGCCGAAUGUACAGGGCGUCGAGGAUAUGAAGUUUUCUUUUUCUUAGCUUUGAGGGAUUUUAUGUGCUUGUUGUUAGCUCUUUCACCAAAUGUGUCAAAAAAUAGAACGAUAUUCCCGGACGACACAUAUUCUUUUGAUAAACAGAGGCAAUCAUUUCCAUUCCCCCCCUUCAAAAUGGAGCCGCUUCGAAGCGGCAUCGUUCUCAUUGCCCAAAUCGUCCUCCCUCUCAAGGGCACUGCACACACAAAAUUAGAAUAAAGUGGUCGCCCCAGUGUGAUGCUCUCCCUCAGCUGCUUUGAUUAAACACACUUCACCCGGUAUAAAUU